AUAAUUUCUAACAAAUUGGAUGCUUGAAUAGAUACAUUUAAGGAAAAGAAUACAAGUUUGGGAUCAACAUAAAAGUGCAAAUGAUAUUGUAGUAGUGUCUUCUUCUACAAACACAGAAACUCUAUACAUAACAACAUCAGUAAAAAAAGAGAUAAGAUUCAACCAAAGAACUUGGGAUCAUAGCCAUUGCUAGAGGUGGCUAGAAUAUAAUAAGCUACAAUAUGACCAAUGGAGCCCCAAGCCAGUACAUCAACAAUGUUGAAUCCAACAGGGUCAUUAGAUUUAAGAAGGCUCACAUAUUCCUUGGCCCUCACAUCACCUGCUUCAAAGUGUGAAACUCCAUUCUGUUCAGGCACCUGUUUGGCCACGUUUUCCCUUUGGAAGUUGAAGAAAACAAACCUGCCCAAGAAAAGGGAGAGUCCAGUGCUUAAGCUGAUGACCAGUGAAGGGUUGAGCUCAGCCUUGAUUUUGAGGCUGCUCGGCCUGGCCUUGGCGGUGAAUGGGCGGCAGAAGGUGGAGGAGAUGGGUUUCUGGAAGGUUGUGUCAGUGGGCUUGUUAAGAGGUCUGAGACCUUGGAAAGUUGGUGUGGAGAACAACGUGGAGGCCAUGGUGGUGGUGGGAGGAGGAGGAGGACUGGGGAUUUUUUUGAUAAAUAGAUUGUGGAUAUCGGUUAGAUUAUUAAUCAAAGGUCAGAGGUUUAAUUUGAGGAGAAAGAUUUGUGAAGAGGAGGAUGAAUGAAAGAGAGAUUUUGAU